AUGCAGUAAUAAUAAUAGCAAUUAAGAUCAUCUUAAAUUAGAAGGCAAUCGUCCAACAGUGCACUUGAUGAGCCAUUCCUAAAAUUUUUAGCUGAGAGCAAUUAUUUGGAGAGUGAACAAUCAUCACAAGAAAAACAUCAAAAAUUAACAAAAUGCAAAACUGAACAUUCACUUUAGCCAAUUUAGUUCAUCAACUCCAAUUCAUUUACUGUUAGCGAUAAAAAAUUUUCAUUCCCAUCAAAUGAAAUUCUUGAAUGGGAAACUCUAUAAAUAACUUUGCCACCAGAAGUUUACCAAUUUCUGUUGUAUAUGAAAACCCAAUGCAGCAAUGGUACCAUCGUUUACACAAACGAAUAAAUAUAAGGUUUGUUAGAUGAUAAUAGAUAUAUCCAAAAUAGUAAAAAUUAAUUAGAUUUUUUUUAAAAAUUGAUCGAUAAAGGAUGGAUAUCAAAAACAACAAGAUUAUUUAAUGAUAUGGCAAUUAACUUUUAUGCAUUAUCAGUUAAGAAGUUAACUUAUGAAAAUUUAGUUUGGAUAAUUAGAUCCAUCAAAAGAGAUUUAAUCACUCCAACUGAAAGAUUGGUACAAAGUAGAAUCAAAGAAUGUUAUGGUUUGAAGUACAAUCGAAUAGAAUGGGAACUAGUUAUGAAUUAGCUCAAAAAUCAAAAACAAUAAAUUAAAUUCCGUUCUUCGAAUGGAAAACUAAUUGAAUUGCCGUUGCUUUAAGUCAAGAACAUUAAGGAUCCAUUGAUACAAGAAGAAACAUAUGGAAUUUAUAUUUAUUAACAAAAUUGGAUUGUUGAAGAUGAAUUUCAACCAGAAUUAGAUAAAAAAUAGGAAUGGACUAUCUUUAUAGAAUUUUUGAUGGACUUUUUUGCUAAAACAAAUGCUUAGAAUAAUAAAAUCUUAAAAGGAGGGAGAUAUGGCUGUGCUCAAUUCAUUAAGUUAUUAGGACCUAAGAAAUUAAGAGAAUUAUCUCUUGGUAGACUAACACUCUAUGUCUAAAUGGCAGUUAAUAAAAAUUAUAUCAGAUAUAACAAAACUAUAUUAAUACAAGAAAGUAGAGAAAAAUCAGAACAUACAACUGAUAGUUCUGUGGAUGGUGAUCCUUAAAUUAAAAUAAGAGUCUAAGAAUUAUAGGAGUAGUUGAUAGAGUUGCUAUUGGAAAAUCCAGAUGGUGUAUCGUUGGCAUAAAUACCUACAUUAUUAAAAGAAAGAGUCAAUUUUGAAUUGAAUUUGAUUGAAUUGGGAUUUCCAAAACUCAAGAAUUUCAUAGAAAGUGUUAAGGAUGUCAUUACAAUUGAAAACAGCGGUCGAAAUAAUUUUAUUGCUAAAUUGAAUUACUCAAAGUUGCCAAAAAAGUAUUAAAAGCACAAAUAAAGUGAAUCAUUUAAUUAGAAAUAUAUUUUCACUGUCUUGUAAAUGAUAAAAACCAUUUUGAGUAAACAUAAAUAUGGAAUCAGCAUUAAUUAACUAUACUAUGAUCUAUCUUAAUAAUUGGGAGAAUGGUUUAAUUAUUAAAGGUUUUAAUGCUAAAGCUUUUUUUAAUUUUUAUAAAAUUAUGCUGAAAAUAUUUUAGUGAUUGUUUGUUAGAAAGGAAAUCAAUACUUAAUUUAUGAAAGAGACUUAAGAUUUCUACCACCUCCAUAACCAACUUAAGAUAUUAAUGAUCAAUAGUUUGAAUAUAUCUUAAGUGAAGCCUUUUAAUGUAGUUUAGGCUUAUCAAUACCAUAAUCUAGUUUCUCAAGUAGUUGGCUUGGUAAGGUUGGAGAUUCUUAAAUUAGAUAAAAGUCACCUCCUCGGAUUGAAGAUUCUCAUUAGGAAAUUAAAGAUAAUCUCAAAUUUAUUGAUGAAUUAUUAGGAAAUGAAAAUAAGUAGAAUGAUACUUAUUCUAUCCAAGAUUGGUCUGAAAAAUCUAUGAAUCCUUUAGGAAUGAUCAGCUCAAUUAAUUAUGGACAUAGUGAAAUAUAAGAUUUUGAUCUAACAAAGGAAUUACAACAAUAAAAUUAAGAUUUAAAGAAAAAAUGA